UAAAUUUAUUUUUCUGUAACUAAAAAAUAAAAUUUUGUUUAAUUUAUUUCAGAGAGGUAAGAUACCCCUGUUGCUAGCUGUCGAAGCUGGUAACCAGUCUAUGUGCAGAGAAUUGUUAAGCGCACAAACGGCGGAACAGCUGAAGGCGCAAUCAGCCAAUGGAGACACGGCUCUUCAUUUAGCAGUACGACGAAAGGAUAUUGACAUGGUAAGGAUACUGGUUGAUUAUGGUACAAGCGUGGACAUUCGAAAUGGCGAAGGUCAGACCCCACUACAUAUCGCUGCUGCAGAAGGUGACGAAGUUCUGGUCAAGUAUUUCUAUGGAGUAAGGGCAUCGGCUAGUGUUACAGACAAUCAAGAUAGAACACCUAUGCACUUAGGAAAAACAUAAAAUUUCGAGGCAUAAAACUCUAGCUUUUAUUGAAAAAUUGUUUACUUUUCC